CACGCCCCCUGCGGGCGGAUUUUUGCAGCACCGCGCAGCCGCGAAGCUCAGACUUUCAACUGUAGAGCUGCUUCCUUUCCUUUUUGUAUUUGGCAUACCGGCAUACCGGUCGACUGUGUGGGACAAUGAAUCAGGACAUCAACUUGAUCUUAUCUGCCGGAGCACAGCCCACGAAAGAUGCCUUGUUGACAGUCUUGGAGCCUAUCAUGUCAGAGUGGUCGGUGCACCCUAGAUAUGCUACGGCGACCCUGAACGAACUCAGCAAGCGGAAGCGCUCUGAUCUAGUUGAGCUGGUUCUGGAAUGCAUGGAAGCUAGGCAGGUUGAAACAAAUGUCUUCCACUACAGCGUUGCGAUCACCGCAAGCGAAAAAGCCGCAGAUUGGCCAUUGGCCUUGCAUUUUCUCUACCAGAUGCAUCUGUUGAAGAUACAGGCCAAUGAAUACAGCUACAGUGCUGCCAUCAGUGCAUCAGAGAAAUGUGGUGAGUGGACUUUGGCCCUGUCUCUUUUCACUGAGAUGCGCAGCAAAAAGCUUGCACCCAAUGAGGUGACCUACGGUGCCAGCAUCAGUUCCUGUGCAGUUGGGCAUUGGACCAUCGCUCUGAACUUGCUUUCUCAAUUGAUGCAGGAUUCCCUUCAACUCAAUAUCAUCACCGUGAGUGCGGCAAUCACUGCGUGCGAGAAGGCCUCCCAGUGGCAGCCAGCGGUUGACUUGUUGAGCCUUUUGGAGGCCAAGCGAGUCAGCCCUGACUGCAUCAGCUUCAGCUCAGCCAUCAGUGCGUGUGAAAAGCGAGGUUGCUGGGAGUUGGCCCUGUCAUUAUUUCACAGCAUGAAAGGCAGAUUUUUGGUUCCAGAUGCGGGGGCCUUCAAUGCAGGCAUCAGUGCUUGUGCAUCUGGUGGGCAGUGGAAGAUUGCUUGCGAUCUUCUGGGGAGGAUGGGAGAGGCAAAGGCAGCUCCGGACCUGAUCAGUUGCAGUGCUGCAAUCAGAGCGUGCGACAAGUGCGAGAAGUGGGCACUGGUCUUGCAGCUAUUUGAGGAUAGCUGCUUAUCCUCUAUUCGACCGGACACGGUUUUCUUUAACUCAAUCUUGCACAGUGUGGAGAAAAUGGGACACUGGGAGCUUGCUUUAGCCCUCCUUCAGCAGAUGCCCAGUAGCUCAGUAGAAGUGAACGAGCUCACCUAUCGAGCUGCGAUUGGAGCCUGCUUAGGGCACUGGCAACUUGCCAUUGCGUUGUGUCAGGAGAUGUGUGAGUUCACAUCUCCAACAGCUAUCUCCAUGAGCACCGUGGUUCUUGUGUGUGCUAAGCAAGGCCAGUGGCAGGCGGCGGUGCAGCUCUUGAAGCAGAUGCUGACCGACAUUGGCUUCCCUGAGGGGCCGAGUGCAUUUGAUGCUCUAAUCGAUGCCUGUGAUCGGGUCGGGAGCUGCGCUGCAGCAGCGAAACUGAUGGAUAGAUGGAGUAGGGAAGUCACAAGUCUAUCAAAGAGAAUGCACAGUCUAGAGCGCUCCUGAGCCACAGUGCCAAGUCUGCUUUUGCAGCUUUUGAUUCCUAGAAUUUCCCUUGAUUCAUGACUUGGGAAUGAAUCAAGAUCAUGGUGCAUGAGAGUCCACAAAAGAGUCGGAUCCCAUGUUGCCAGAAUCUUGGAUUGGACCUCCUUUUUCCCGCAGCGCCUUCAGAAGAACUGAGCGCAGACGAACCGCUCGUUUCGUCCGAUCUUCAGGUUCUUCCGACCCGUGGCGACGCCGCAGCCGAAGCGAAAGCGGCUGCGUCUCAUGUACCAGCAUGACGAGGCCGGUCGGCCGACCGGUCCAGUCUGCGCAUGGAGAAACAGGUAGCCAAGGGAGCCCAGAUCUCGUGGAAGCCGAGAAAAGUGCGGCAGUCCAUGAGGACAGUGACC